GCAUUGAAUGCAUGUUUUGAAUUGAGUUGACAUUGAUUUGCGGUUUAAUUGAUAAUUGAAUUGCAUUUCAAUCACAAUAUGAAUGAAAAUAUAUUUCAAUCAAAAUUUAUGCGAAAAAGCAUUCAUUUAAACAAAAGUCAUUCAAAUGAAGACGACGACCUCUUCAGCGAAGAAUCGGACAGCGAUUCCGACUCUGAGGUGGAGACCAAAGACGAGAUGCCAUUCAUAAUAGACUCGAAACCAGAAGAUAAUAUUCAACUGAAGCCCAAACGCGUGGACAAGAAAGCGAUUUUGGGAUCAGAAUUGAAUUGCUCGACAAAAGUGACUCCAUAUCUGACCAAAGAUCAGACGCCAGAGGAAUCAUUUCGACUGUUGAACGAUAUGUCGAUGAAGACAAUGGACGACUCGUUGAGUGAGAAGUGUGUCAUAAAAGCGGGUUUUGAACAAAACUAUUGCAUUAAAGCCUUUCGGAUGAGUCGUCGGAUGAGA